CCAGAGCAGGUGAACAUUAACCUGGGGCAGUGGCGAGGUGUCCGCAGCAGCACAGCACCUCAGGAGCACACAGGAUGAGGGGACUCCGUGCCCACUACCACCUCCUGCCUGAUCAGGACGAGGACCUGCCCACAGAGUGCACGGAGCCGGACAGUGAGGGGCAGCCAGGCUGGGAGGGGGCCCCGGUGACUCCCCUAGCCCCAGAGGAGCCAUGCAGGCUGGUACUGAGCACGCCAAGCAGCAUCCUGCAGGAAAGGGAGAUUGAGGAGCUGGGCCCCCACCUGCCCACCCGGCUGCGGCAGCAGCCCUGGAGCCUGCUGUACUGCACUGCGCGGGAUGGCUUCAGCCUGAGGACCCUGUACCGGUGCACCGGCCGGCUGAGCUCCCCAGCACUGCUGCUCAUCCGUGACACCGAGGCUCAGGCCUUUGGUGCCUUCUCCACCAGCCCCAUUCAUAUGAGCAAUGGCUUUUAUGGCACAGGGGAGACAUUCCUCUUCUCCUUCUCCCCGGAGCUAAAGGUGUUCAGAUGGACGGGCAGAAACAACUUCUUCCUGAAGGGAGACACGGACCUGCUGAUGGUCGGUGGGGGCAGCGGCAAGUUUGGGCUGUGGCUGGACGGGGAUCUGCACCACGGGGGGAGCUGCCCCUGCGAGACCUUCAAUAACGAGAGCCUCUCACCGCGGGGGGAGUUCUGCAUCCGCGACCUGGAGGUGUGGGGCCUGGCCUGACGGGCAGCAGCACCACAGGAUGCACCUGAGGCUAUGGCUCUCGGAGCCGAUCGCCGCCGUGCCCUGUCCUGCAGGCACUGGGAAGGGCGGUGCGGACAGAGCCCUGCGGGAUGCCGGCCCUACAGUAGGGUGCUGUGGUGCACACAGUGCCCUGCAGGCCCACCCUGCCUCAGCACCUGAGGACGCAGCCUGGCAGAGAUGGACACAGCGCCUCUAGAAGGGCACGAGUCGGGAGCCAUGUGUGUUCUGGGGGAGAAAUGAGCACCUGGGACGGCCCUGUCCCACCAGCUGCUGCCCUCAGGACAGUGGGAACAGGGCUGGUGUGUGAAAGGCUGCUGGCCACCAAUAAAUGGGAAGAGCUGUGCUCUGAGCCUCGUCCUUAUUGCCAGAAUAAUAGUGCCACGAAGCUAUACAGAAAGCAGUGUGAGUCCCUAACCAGGAGCCCAGAGCUGAACCCUCAGCCUGGGGUAGAAGGGAAGAGCAAUGGGGGAUGGCCUCUGGUGCUGCAUUCACUCGCGGAGCCACCCCUCCAGAACUCAGACAGCACGCACAGCCCUUCCCACCACACAAAUCCUUCCUGCUUUGGCCCCUCAUACCUUCUUUGUGACACCUGACAUUCCUUUUACUUUUCCGGAGGAAGGAUCGUGGCUGGGCACAGGACUGGAGCACCCACUAUCACCCCAUGCUUUCACAAUGUUAGCUUCAGGUAAAACCAAUGUUGGAAAAAUCCAAAUAAUUUAUCAGGACGGUCUCUCUGAUAAAGCAGAUUUUAUUGCAAUUCCAAUAGCGGGCUUCCUGCAAGCAGGAGAGCACCCAGAAAACAGCGUUACAUCUUUUUAUUUCCUAUUGCCCAACACUUAUCUCUUUCUCCCCUGGUUCCUCAUUGGCUGAGUACUUUAGGAUCACAAUCUUCUUGAUGCUUCACUAAACAUGCAAAUACUGGACAAACAUAAAUCUUCGCUGUCUGAGCAUAAAUCUCUAAUUAAUUAACUUCUUACCCUUACUCCACACUUGGUCAUUGUUUCUGGAUAUCUGCUUGUCCUCCCUUGCACAGAGAUAACCUUGGAAGGAGAACAGAGGGGAGUAUCUUGAUGCCUGCCUGUCACAUUCCAACCUUCUCACGGAGUGAGGCAGUCCGGUCCUGUGUAGAGGCCCUGUCUUCUUUGAUGUCUGUUAAAUCUGUUUUUCUUUUGCUGCGAGUUUCUUAUCCUAACAGAACAACCCUACAAUAUGUUUUCUAAUCCCUAGCACUAUA